GUGAGAUAUAAAGUCUUGACGUUGGCAGCUCCAAGAUCAUUCCAAGGUUACAACUUGUAGAGUUUAUGAGUAGUCAGUUUCUUUAAAAAGCAAACGAAUGAAAGCCUUUCCAAAAAACUAGUAACCAAUUAUUACUUGCGGCUGGCUGCAUGUCCUGGCCUAGAAAAUGGAACAAGAAACAGAGAUAAUCAAUCAUAAGCACAAAGCAGAAACAGAAAUUAUUCGUUGGUUCGAGGAAGUUGCCGAGGAUGCUGACCUCGUACAGCAGCAGACACUACGCCAGAUUCUUGAACUUAACCAUGGUGUGGAAUAUCUCAAGAAAUGGCUUGGAGAUAUCGAAGUUCAAGAAAUGGAUGAAAAUGCAUUGGAAUCGAUUUAUACUUCUUUGGUCCCUCUUGCUUCUCAUGCAGAUUUAGAGCCUUAUAUUCAGAGAAUUGCUGAUGGAGAUACUGCUCCUCUCCUCACUCAAAACCCCAUUACCAAUCUAUCUUUGAGUUCUGGAACUACUGAGGGAAGACAAAAGUUUGUGCCUUUUACUUCCCAUAGCUCACAAACCACUCUUCAGAUUUUCAAGUUGGCAGCAGCAUAUAGAUCAAGUAUUUAUCCAAUAAAAGGAGGAGGAAAAAUUCUUGAAUUCAUAUACAGCAGCAAACAAUAUAGAACAAAGGGAGGACUAAUAGCAGGAACAGCUACAACACACUAUUAUGCUAGUGAGGAAUUCAAGACUAAACAGCAAGAAACAAAAUCCUUCACUUGCAGUUCAGAAGCAGUCAUUUCAAGUGGAGAUUACAAACAAUCCACAUACUGUCACCUCCUUCUUGGCUUGCAUUUUUCAAAGGAAGUAGAAUUUGUUACCUCAACUUUUGCAUAUAGUAUGGUUCAAGCAUUCAGAUCAUUUGAGGAGUUGUGGAAAGAAUUGUGUCAUGAUUUAAGGGAAGGUAGUCUUAGCUCAAGAAUUAACAUAAUCAAAAUGCGAAAAGCGGUAUUAGAGAUAAUUAAUUUGCCUAAUCCAGAAUUGGCUUCAAGAAUUGAGUCAAUUUGUGAGGAGCUAGAAAGGGAAGAUUGGUUUUGCCUAAUACCAACAUUAUGGCCUAAUGCUAAGUAUGUUUACUCAAUAAUGACAGGCUCAAUGCAGCCAUACUUGACAAAAUUAAGGCAUUAUGCAGGGGGAUUGCCUUUGGUGAGUGCUGAUUAUGGGUCCACUGAGAGUUGGAUUGGAGUAAAUGUGGAUCCUUCUUCUCAACCAGAAAAUGUUACUUUUGCAGUGAUACCAGCUUUUUCUUACUUUGAGUUCAUACCACUUUAUAGACAUAAGUCGCAUUAUAAUUAUCAAAAUGGAAAUAUUAAUUCAGCCAACGAUGAUUUCAUAGAAGGUGACGUUGUGCCCCUAUCUCAAGUCAAGAUUGGACAACAAUAUGAAAUCGUCCUAACUACUUUCACAGGUCUAUAUAGAUACAGGUUAGGCGAUGUGGUUGAAGUUGCCGGUUUUUACAAGAAAACACCCAAACUUAACUUCAUAUGCAGGAGAAAGCUGAUAUUAACAGUGAAUAUCGAUAAGAAUACAGAGAAAGACCUCCAGUUAGUGGUGGAGAGAGGUUCGCAAAUACUAAGCAAGGCAAGAGCCGACCUAGUAGAUUUCACGAGCCAUGCGAACUUGGCAAAACAACCCGGGCACUAUGUGAUUUACUGGGAAAUCAAAGGUGAAGUUGAAGAAAGGAUUUUAGGAGAGUGUUGUAGAGAAAUGGAUGCUUCAUUUGUUGAUCAUGGGUAUGUUGUAUCAAGAAAAACACAUUCCAUUGGACCCUUAGAGCUUUGCAUUGUGGAGAGAGGUACUUUCAAGAAAAUCUUGGAAUAUUUCAUAGGAAAUGGGGCUGCAAUGAGUCAAUUCAAGACUCCUAGAUGUACCAGCAACCAAGUAUUAUUAAAAAUACUUAAUGUCUGCACAAUUAAGAGGUUUCAUAGCACAGCCUAUGGGUGAUUAGGAUGUGGUAUUCACUCGAUAUGUAACCUGUUCAAUACAUGUGUUAAUCAGCUUAUUAUCAACAUCUGCAAUUCUUUCUCUGUUUCUUU